AUGUUUAAAUCACAUAUUUUAGAAAUAGAUUAAACACUAAUUUGUUAACAACAUAACUCUCCAAUUACUAUUAUUGUUACUGAAUAAAAUUUUACAGGUGAAGAAAGACUUUAAUGUGAAAUAUGUUGGAAAAAUAAUUAAAAUAGUUUGCAUACUACACCAUACUAGUUAUAUUUAGAGAAAAUUAAAGAAUAAUAAGAUGAUUUCUGUAAACAUUUAAACAUAAUAAUAAUGAAAAAUUUAUCUAUGAUUGAAUAAUUAAAAGAUUCUAUUAACUAAAUUAAGACUCAAUUCAUCUAAAAACUGAAGGAUUGUGAAGAAAAGAUAACAAUAUGGAAUACACAGUUGAUGGAAUUAGGAAAUUAAAAUUCUUAAUAUAGCAUUUAUAAUGAAAUUAAUAUGUUAGUAUAAAAUUAAAGCAAGAUGAAUGAUCUAUUAGAAUUAAUUAGAAAUAUUAAAAAUUUAAAUUAUGAUUAUUCAAGUAAAAUCUAAUUCUAAUUGAAUAAUGUUAUGGAUACUACAAAAUAUGAUAAUUGUUUAUAACAUCUACUUGAUAUAAAUUAAAUGGAUAUAUUGUAAUUGAUUGAUGGUAGUACAAUUCUUACAAGCAUUACAUAAGUAUAUGUUAUUAAUAAUAAAAGAAUAUUAUGAAAAAGAAAUCAUUAUGUUAAGUACAUAAUUAAGAAAUUGUUUAUGUAGAUAAAAGUUAGAAUGUUGAUAUUGAAUAGAGAACUUCUUGUUUAAAGUGUAAUAGAAGGGUUGGGGAUAUUCUUGAAGAUUUUUUGAAGAAAUGGGAGAGUUAUUGUUAAGAUGGUAAACAGUAAUUAAAGGAUGAAUUUUACGAUUUAAAAUCUUAAGUAUAAUUUUCAAACAAUUUAUUGAAAUAAAUAAAAUAAGAUAUAUGUUAAAUUAUUGAUGAAAAAAUCGAUGAAAAUAUUAAAAUAUUAAAAUCUAGUUAUAAUAAAUAUUAUAGAGGUGUAUGGGAAUUAAAUAAUUUAUUAAAUCAAGAAGGAUUAAAUAAUAUUGCAUUAAAAUUAAGUAUGGAAGAGAGUUAUCAGGUUUUUAAAUAGAUCUAUAAUCAAGAUAAUAGUAUUUUGAUGUCCAAAAUUAAUUACAUUUUGUAAUAGUUAGAAAAUUAUACUACAAAAUAAGAUGUUAAAACAAUAGAAUAUUAAGAUAUAUAUAGUAUUAAUUAAAAUAAGAAUUAAAACAAAGAUUAAAAUAAAUGUGAUGACUAUUUAUGUUUAACAAUAGCAUUUAAUAGUUCAAAUACAAUCAUGUUAUCUGGUUUAGGUGAAAAAAUUAAAUCAUGGCUAUUUAUAGAUGGAUAGUUAGUAGAAGUUGGUACAUUAGUAGGUCAUACAGAUAAUAUUUCAUGUUUAGUAUUUAGUAAAUAUUCAAAUUCUUUUGUAUCAGGAGCAUUAGAUUAUGGAAUUAAAGUAUGGAAAGAGAAAACUUAAUUUAAAUGGGAGGGCUCUUAACUUUAUUUAUAGCACUUUGAUUUUAUUAGUUGUUUAAUUUUGAGUUAAGAUGAGGAUUUCUUAUUCUCAGGAAGCCAUGAUAGAACAAUUAGAAUAUGGAAAUUGGAUUUUACUUAAAAUUUAUUAUAAUAAGUUUAAUGUUUAGAAUAUCAUACAAAUCAAAUUUUUAGUAUGAGUAUAAAUAAUUCACAAUCACAAUUGGUUUCAUGUGGAUAGGAUAAAUAAAUUAUUCUUUGGGAGAAAGGAAAUAAUAAUCAAUGGUAAUUUAAACAGAAAAUAGAAUAAUCAAUAUAAGACUUUGGAUAUAGGAUGUAAUUUAUUAGUGAUACUCAAUUUAUUUGGUUAAAUAAAGGUAGAAGAAGUUAUAUAUUUUUUUUUGAACUUGAUUAAGGAAUAUAUAUAGAAAAAUAGAAUAAAUAAAUUUAUUUAGGUGACGAUGAUUGUGAAGAUGAGGAUUUCUUUCCAAUAUGGUAUAAUCAUAAAAUAUAAGUUAUAUUUGUCAAAAAUAAGAAAACAAUUUAUACAUUUAAAAAAGAAAAGGAUGACAAUAUAAAUCUUAUAACAAAAAUCUAAAUAUUCAAUGAUCCAAAGUUUUAUGGAUAGUUUACUAAUAAUGGUAAAUAUUUGGUUGCUAUUUAUUAAAAGGAAAAUAAAAACCAAUAAUAAUUUGUCAUCAAAUAAUUAGAUUAUAAAUGA